GCCUGGGAGAGAAACGUUGGUUGCUGGGAUACAGAGGCCUGCUGUUGGAGCUGAAGCCUGGACCUCGGUUUUCGGGAUUUUCGUCGUCUGUUUCUGCGGCUGCGAAGCAGGGAGCAUUAUUGCACGGUGGAAACAAUAACAGAGCUUGAACUUAAGAUAUUAUGGAAUCUCUAUCCAAAUGCGAGUAUGUAGGAAAUCCACUUUCAAGCUGGGAAAAUAUUUUGUUGACUUCUUUUGAUAUCCAGCAGAAGGCAGUGCCUCAUGUGACACCCACUGGAUCAAGAAACCAUGAUGAGGCUAAUGUGAUUAGCCUGGCUUCCAACAGCAAAGCUAUAGUUUCGGCUUUGAAAAAUCUUCAGGAAAAGAUUCGGCGUUUAGAGGUGGAACGUGCAGAAGCUGAAAAGAAAAUGCAAAGUCUGAGCUAUGAAUCCGUUCAGUACACACAUAGACCAGAGCGUGGAAAGGAAAAUAACACUAGAAUCGAGAAGGGAGUAUCUAAUGAACUUGCCGUCCAACUGGCAAAUGUUGAAGACCGCUGUUCACUUCUGGAGAAACAAUUAGAAUAUAUGAGAACGAUGGUGGACCAUACAGAAACGGAGAAGAACAUUUUAUUGGAAAAACAGACCUCACUGCAGACGGAUAGGCACUGGAACCAUGCAGAACUGCAAUCAAAGCUUGAGAAACUGGAAAUCCUAGAACAAGAGUGUUUAAAAGUCAAUGCAACACAGACCAGAGCUGAAAAGAAAAUUUACGAACUAGGACAGAAGCUUCAGGAAGAAGAACAUCAGCGUAAACUUAUACAAGAUAAAGCAGCUCAGCUUCAGACUGGACUCGAAAUAAACAGAAUACUUAUAGGAUCGUGCUCUGUAAAGAAAAAGAAGAAAAGGAAAGACAUUACAAAGAAUGAGAUGAGAAGAGAAAACUCGUGCUCGCCUCGUGUUUCGUCAGGCCAUGCAGAAUUUCCAUUUGUUGCUGGCACUUCUGUUAGUUCCAGCCAUUCUGUCACAGCAAAUGUACAGAAUGUUUUCCAUCUGAUGAAGCAUUAUAACACAAUGAAGUUUGAUGGAAGACAGAAACGUCCCAUUGAAAGGACUGCUAAGAAUUCACGAAAAAUAACUUCUCAUCCUGGCAGAGUGAAGAAAGGGGAUCUACAAUUUGUAUCCUGUCCCUCAUCCUCUUCACUAACUGAUCUUUCUGAGCUUCUCUUAGCAUUACAAGAUGAGCUGGGCCAAAUGAGCUUUGAGCAUCAAGACCUGCUAAAACAAAUACAAGGUACCAAAAAUACUGAUGUCCGUGAAGAUUUAGAACGUGAACUUGAAUGUCUGGUAAAACGGAUGGAGAAGAAAGGCGAUCAAAUUUCUAAACUCAAAAAGCACCAGGGCAAUGUUGAGAAAUUGAAGGUAAAAGCAAAAAACGUUAUGAGGGAGAUGGCUGACACAAAAAAACGAAUGAAAGCUUUGGAUGAAAUGAAGGAAGCAUCAGUUAUACCCAAGGGAACAGAAUUUUCAGUCAAAACAACUCCUGCUCCUGGCCAGAAAGGAAAAGAAAGCCUUCAGCUACUUAGGAAUGCACAGAAACUGCAGCACACCCUGAGGCAAAAUGACAUCACAUGGGAACAGUGAUCACUGGUUCAGAAGGCAAUGUCUGUAUAUUUGACUCUGAUGAAUUUAAUUACUAAAUUACUGUAGAGUAGCUUAAUGAAUUGAUACAUUUAAUUGUGUUUUAAUGUGAUGCUUGUUGCUUUGAAAUUGACUUGAAGCACUGCUGAUAAUCACAUGGGCUCAUGUACUCGAAAUUUAACAUUUUUUAAAAUUCAUAUAUUUUUCAUCUAUUUAAAAUAAUUUACAAUGUGCAUUUGGUGCAGCAAUGCCCUUGUUGGGCAAAUAGAUUGAAAUUGUCACCAACCUUUUGUACAUGUUUGAUUUACUUUUAUAUUCAAAUUAAUAAAACC